AUGGACCGUCCAGAGCCAGGUCUCAUCAAAUGGACUGCCAAUCCGCAGCUGGACAGUUUUGUUCAAGUCAACCUCCAACAUCGAUAUGUCCAGAUUUACGAAGCCAAUGGCUUUGCGCGCAACGGUCGAUUCGACUACGUCCGGCGCGUCCGACACGACGACUUCCCCCCGCUGACAACGUAUGACUGGUCACCUUGCGACCCGGGACUGAUUGCAAUUGGCACGGGCGGAGGUGUUGUGAAUCUCUUGCGCGUAGAUGAUGGCUCCAAUGCCUUUGUGGAGCUGGGCUUGAAGAUGGCGAGGAACUGUCACGCGGUGGCAUUCAACACAACAGGCUUAUUAGCUGUAGGUCUGGACCGUGUGCGCAUGGACCAGAGCUUGCACGUGUGGGAUAUCUCACGCCUGUCGUCGAUAGACCCUCCGAUGCGAGGGUUCCCGGCUGAUGCCCACGAUCAUGUCGACAACGUUGCACACCUGGAGCCCAGUGUCUCCGUCUCCAGUCUCAAAUUCUUUGAAGACAGCCCGCAUACCCUUGUCGCCGGUAUCAAGUCGCAUGGGGUCAGGAUACACGAUUUACGUGACCCGAAUCCGGCUGUUACCUUUCACACCAGAUGCAACAACAAUAUUGCCAUCGACUACGCAGACCAAAACUACUUUGCGUCAUCUAGCCUUGAUCACCCCGGCGUGAUGAUCUGGGAUCGGCGAGCGAGCAAUCGUCCCGUUGCCUCGGCAUCAUACGUUCAGACUGUGGAGGAUGAUGAUAUGCCGUGGGGUGCUGCUCUGCGCCUCGACCAGGCGAUUGAGACUGAUCAUGAUCCAUCCAUUGUGGACGAGCGACACUCCAUGAUCCGAUCACUUCGCUACUGUCGCAACCAGCGUGGUCUUUUGGCCAUCCUCUCGCGUACAGGCGAGCUUCGUGUCCUCGAUACAAAAAAAGAUUCGCCGUCUCGCAGCAUUACAACGGAGCAGGGCCCAGAACUGCUCCAUGUGGAAAAAUCACAUGAGCUCGAUCUAUCAUAUCGCCACAACUCGAGAAAGAAUGAUCGCAUUGUGUCUUUUGACUGGGUUACUCUGGGAUCGCCGGAUCUUAAUCCAAGGCUACUCGCCCUACGAACCAGCGGCAAGUUUGACAUUUUGGAAAUGCCCUCGGCCUCAGCAGAUCAUGCCUAUAAGCUCAUUCCAUGGAAGUCACCCCAUCGUGGCCUAGAGUCAGGCCACACCUACCAAGACAUCAUGCAAUUCGAAUCCAAGCAAGGCAUGGAAGUUCUUGCUGCCACACUUGUAGAUCAGGCGCUGCACGAUGUGCCCAUUUUUGGCCCCGACAAGAUUGCUGUCAAGGAGGGCAUAGAUGCAGCCCUGAAGAGCCAGGACCCAAGCUCUGCUGUGAUUGAGCGAGUCAACGAUAUUGCUACACCACUCCCAGAAUCAUUCUAUGCGACGAAGACGAUUGCCGGCAAGCUCCGAGCCGUGCGCAAUUUCAUCAAAGACUUAGAAUCCAAAAAUCCUUCGACAGCAGGUCGAUCCCGCGUUCCUAAUGAACUGUCCCUGGCUACAAAUAGUGUCGAGUCUUGCAGGGAGUUUCAUGAAGCGCUUCUUGCGGCGACCAUCAAGACCAAUGGCUUGCCCACCGACGCGCAGAGUGCAGUCGAUCAUGCCAUGCUGUUUCGCGCCAAAGAAAAGUACCUAUUUGAUCCCACUGUAAACAGAAAGAUUGUGUCGGACGAUCCUUGGAAGAGAUAUGUCUGGGAUUGGAUAGCUGACGCUGAACUGGCAGCUUAUGACAGUAGCUUGGUGCUGUCUGGCACCGAUAUCAGCUAUCUCGGGGUCCACGCGAUAUGGACAAACGACCUAGGACGCAACCCGACAACGAGGGUCAGCCCAGGCACCACGAACCUCCCCGACGCCCUGCAAUGGGAGCGGUUCAUCGGGCCGUACUGCAAGAAGCGUCGCUUCCCGCGUUUCGACACCGUCUUCACCAAGCGGCCGCACACGCGCCAGCUUUGUCUCGAGAUCUGCGGCUGGGGCGACCCGGAGUCCAACGACCCGGCGGACUUCGAGCGCGAUCCGUCCCCAGACUACCCGACGCCCAUCCACACCAUGACCGCCUGCCGGUCUCUAUUCCACGGCGACAUUCGCCAUGCCAUUGACAUUCUCAAGAAAGCGAGCUCGGCGCACCCCGAGCUGCUCUUCGUCUCGCUCGCGCUGCAGCUCAUCGACCGCGGCAACAAGCAGCUUGCCAAGGAGCAGCUCGAUUUCGACGACACGGUCGCCUCCAAGACGGAUCCCUACCUGCGCGCCAUCUCCACCCUCAUCGCCACCGGCGACUGGUCCCUCAUCGCCAACCAGCGCUCCCUGCCCCUCGCGGACCGCGCGUACGUCGCCGUGCGCAACUUCCACGACGACGAGCUGACGCGCUGGCUCACGGACCAGGUCGCCUUCGCCGUGGAGGAGGGCGACGUCGAGGGCAUCGUCCUGACGGGCAUCUCGGACCACCUGGUCGACAUCUUUGCCAAGUAUGUCGAGAAAUUCCACGACUACCAGACGGCGAUCCUCGUGCUCUCGCUCUGCUACCCGAAAUACAUUGAUGACUUUCGCUGCCGCGCUUGGCGCAACGCCUACCGCGCGCUGCUCCAGCGCCACCGCUUCUUCUUCCAGCGCACCAAGUUCGAGGUCGAGUCCACCAAGCGCUCCAAGCGCGACGGCUCCAACCCACUCAUCAAGCCGCCAUCACGACAGAUCGCCCUGCGCUGCAUCUACUGCGACGCAGAAACCUCCCUGGCCAAUCACCACCAUCACCACCAUCGCAGCAGCAGCGCCAGCGGCGGAACGAUUACCGCCGCCACUGCGCACCCUCCCCCUCCCCCCUCGUCGAGCAUGGAGUCGCGGAAUCCAUUACUCGCGACCAGUAUCAACGCCGGCGUCAGCUGCCCCAACUGCGGCCGGCACCUGCCCCGGUGCGUCGUGUGUCUCGAGGUCGUCGGCGUGCCGCGCUCGGACCGCCCCGAGGAAAAGGACGAGACCAAGAUGGCGGGCCGCUUCCCGACGUUUUGCAUGCGCUGCGAGCACGUCUUGCACCUGGACCACGCGAGGCAGUGGUUCGCGCGGCACGUCGAGUGCCCGGUGCCCGAGUGCCGGUGCAAAUGCAACUUUCGGGCGAACCCAGAGCUCAACUAUCACUGA